AUGAGCUUAAGUCAACAGAGCACGGAAGGGGCAGUGUUUGGACAUUCCGUGGAGACACCCCAUAUCCGAGCAGAACCUUCCCAAGACCUCAAACUUGAAUCUCCAACUAGAUCUUUGGUGAUGGAAGCACCCAGGGGAGUGCAAAUCAAUGCAGCUGCAGGAGAUUUAAAGGCUACAUGUAGAAAAGAACUGCACUUACAGUCUACAGAAGGGGAGAUAUUUUUAAAUGCAGAUACAAUCCGCCUGGGAAAUCUACCAGUGGGCUCCUUCUCCUCUUCACCGAGCUCUUCAGCUCCUCGCCAGACUAUCUAUGAGAUCUGCAUCUGUCCCAAUGGUAAACUUUACCUGUCCCCAGCAGGAGCAGGCUCCACAUGUCAAUCCAGUAGCAACAUCUGCUUAUGGAGCUAAAAGGACUCCAAUUUAUCCUCACACCAGAAUAGCCUUUUGUUACUAUCCCUCUGCUUCACAGUUCUGCUCGGUUUCCCUUGUGACAAGUUCAACGCUUCAAAUGGCCUGCAGAGCAACUUCUUCCAGUGUAAGCAGGAAUACAGCGCUGCCUUCUCUCGUGGUUUGUGUUACCACUCAACGUAGAGAUGGGAGUGAGAUAUUCAGAAAUCAAUGUAUUCUUCAUCAGGAAACCUGGAACAUAAUAUCACCUUUUGUCCAAAAGGGAGAAUAACACAGGUGCCUUUGCUACAUGAAGUGAAGCACAUAGUUUUAGAUUUUUGCAGGACCUGGAUAUGAACUGCACAUAUAUAUAUACAGUACAUAAACAAAUUUGCCCAGAAUCUGAUGGUGAGAUGAAUUGGUUAUCCCUGUAUGAUAAUUAACUCUACUGUCUGAAAGCACAAUUUUCCAUUCAUCUUUUUUGGAUGUAAACUUUUAUCCCUGAAUUUUAAAAUUUUGAAGCAUUGUGUGAUGCUUGCUUUACUAAACAAUUAAAUUCAGUAAAUGGUUUUUAACACAAAAAGAGACAGAAUCCCUCCCUGAGUUUGGUUUCUUUAGAAGUGUGUUGUUACUCUUUGUCUACUCAGUCUAGGGUUUUGUACACUAGGUAAAUUUUGGAAGUGCUCAGCAAUAUUACCUUUCAGAGUGAAAAAGACAUCUGUUCUUGUUUGUCUGAUCUGAAUGGCCUUAUAUAUUUAUUUUGUGGCUACUGCAUGUGAAGCGAUUGCUUUCAGUAGAACAUACAGGUUUUGGGAAAGAAGAACAGGGUAAAGAGGGAAAUAUUGAUGAUAUGUCUUUUGACCAGUGUAUUGCUCUUCAUAAAGUAAUUAUAAUUGGCAAAUGAAAAAAAAAUCUUCAAAGGUACAUCUGUCCAUUUUCUAGCUAACUGCUGCCAUUUGAACACAGCAUAAACAUUAGUUCUAAUGCAAUGUGUAAUACAGAGAAGCAAUUCACUAACAAGUGGUAUGACACUCAUAUUUUUUAUUCUCUUUUGUUUACCACCUGCUGCUAAGGUUUCAAAAUAACAGUAAUACAUAUAUAUAUAGAAACAUAUAUCAAAUUACAUUAAAUAUGAAGAAAAUACAUUAAAUAAGUACAUUAAUAUUAUUUGACUUCAUCAGGUCUGUGUUUAAAUUAUGCAGCCCCAUUUGCACCAAGAUCUCACUGCUGAUUUCUUAUUUUUGACCAGUUUAAUACGGGAUUUCUUACUUGUAUCAAGGUUCAUACUUGAUUCAUUUGAUUUGUAAUAGAAAUCUUAUAAAAAAGCUUUGGUAUACUGCUACAUAAAUUUAUCACAACAUUGAUUAACAAGAGUAUCUUGAAACUUACAGAACCCAGGAAUGUAAAACAGUAUAAAAAUGUUUCCUAUUCUGGAAGAUGGCUUGAUUACAUAAGGUAAGUGCGCUUUUUAAUACUAUCCUUUAAAUUAUAUCACCUAGCAUGUAGCUUCAGAGGCUUCUGAAUGUAAGAUCAACAAUUCAAUGACAGCUUUUGCAAGGUAACUCUGAAGGGCAAAGAGUGAAAGGUGAGUAUUUCUACAGAGUAUAUUUUUUUGUCUUUGGAAAAAAAUAGGAAAAGAAGCAACCGAAUGUUUUGCUUACCUAUUUUAUUACCACCUAAUAAGGUUUAUUUUUUUUCAACUUCAGGUGAAAUUCAAUCCUAUGCAGGAGACCAGCACAAGACGUGUGCAUGGCUUAACUGGUGCUUGUCUUUCCACUGGCUCUCUUCAGAGGAGUGAAUUUCACCCCGUAGCAAGAAUGCUAUACUUGUGUUUUCUAGCAGUUAAAUCAAGAUUUUAAAUUGAUUUUUUUAUUUCUUCAAAAGAAGGCUAUUAAGAAAUAAUUUGUUGUUAAUUUAAUAAUUUAUUAUUUCACUUCGAGGAAAAUGUAUUUGAAAAUAUUGCAAGAAAAUAUAAUAGAAGCUUGGAGAUUAUUAGUAAGAGGGACAGAAACAGAUACAGACAACAGCAGAGAUAAUAUAACAUUUGAAAGUCCAUCCAUGCAAUAUACACUUUAAACCAAAAGGAAAUAGAAUUUUUUUCUACUUUUUUUCUACUUUUUACACAAGUAAUAGCGUGGAGGUGUGAAAGUCCAAGGAUGAAAAGAUAAAUAGUAUUCCAGGAAUACAAGAUAAAUCCAUAUGGAUUCAUUAUCUCUGCAUGCACACAAACACUGGUUGCUUCAAAGAUGAAAAGGUUCUACUGACUUACCUAUUCAGUAAAUUAAAUUUUGCCUUCUUACAAAUUUCAUACAAAUUGACUAAGUCUUGUUUUUUGUCUUUUUUUUUUAUUCUCCAAUAAAUCCACAGGAAUGGCUUUCAGAUACUUUGUCAUGGAUUUUCCAUUGAACAUUUCUUGUUUGUUUGUUCUCCACAUUAUAUGAUAAUUUACCUGUAGUACAUUUCUAGACACUGAACAGAUAGACAGAAACUUUAUAACAAACAGAAAAAAAAUAAACCCAAACCACACCUACAUAUCUUUUGUAACUGCAUUCAUAUUUACGAGGCUGAAAUAUUUUACCUCUGUGUAUGAGGAAAACUUUGGACAGAUACGUAGAUGGUAUGUUGGGCAAAACCAAUCCAGUAAGUCCACAAAGCUUUGCACUAUCAGGAUUUUCUUGCUAGCAGUAAUUUCAAUCUGCCCCAUGCUAUUUAUGGUAACAAUAUUAGCACAAGUAAAUUUGGGAGCUUCAGGAUACUAUGAGAUGUUUCUCAUAAAUGUCUUAAUAUUCUGGUGACUUUCAUAAUAUUGAUAUUUACAUCAACUGAAAGCUAUAAGACGGGGAAAAGAUCAGUUUUCAUUUUAAAGAGUUUUUCUAGCCCACGUGACUUCAAGGAGUAUUAGAAAAGGGAUUUCAGUGCAUUGAAAGAACUAAAAACAUCAGAACACCAAUAAGCAGUGUCAGUGUUUCGAAGUGGGAAGACAAACAAAUCUGGUAUUUUUCAAUGUUUGGAGCUGCAAAUAGUAGAGAGCUCUUUGGUUUGUGGUGUGCUUCAAAAAGUGACACAGUUCAAUCACGUCAUUUCAGAUGUAAGAAAACUGAAAGAUUUCAGUGCAAAUACCACGUUAAAACAUAGAGCCAUACCUUUACUAUUUCAGUCCUGGUUUUGUAAUGUUGAGGCAUAAAAUAAAGGUCAUUGUAUGCAGAACCAUUUGGAAAUUUUUAGUUAUUUUUUGUUACCUUCCUCAAAGAUUCUUGGCCCUUUCUUCAACUUCUUUCAGUCCUUAUUAGUCAUGUAUAAUGUCCAGUAUUCGUGUUAUAUAAAGCUCCUGCUAUAUCUCUAACCAGAGUGCUUAUUUAACUAAAAAUUUUGAUCACUUGUUUCAGAAAAGAGAUGUCGCUUCUUAUUCCAGCUAAGGAUGAGUUUCCCAUUAAUAAAUCAUAAAUCACUCUGUUGGGACAAUUGUAGAGAAAGAUUGAAGACCUCAAGGUAUUUUUAAUCAUUAAUAUUAGAUCAAUUAAAAAAAAAUACUAAAAUUACUCUUUUGAGGCUCUUUCUAGUAUAUGAAUACAUGUAUCAAAUAAAGCUUCUUUUUGUACUCAAAUGUUUUGGAACCACUAAGAUGGUAUUGCAGCUGUUUGACUUUACCAGAGCUAUCCGUAUGGCAACAGUGAAAUAUACGAAAAGACCUUAUUAGCUACAUGUAUUUAAUGCAGACAAGAGAUUUAUCUUCUAUAAAAAUAUUCAUAAUUAUAUUACAGGAUACUGUCUCUUUCUUGUUUAAAAAAGAAAAAUAAAAGCAUCAGCAAUCUGUCUGAGCACUGUUAGCUGUAUGGUUUUGUACUGCAGUUCAUUCAUUGGUAAAGCGAUAAGACCAAAGACUGACACUUCUACUUUAUCUAACACUACGACACUGCUGCUUCUACUAAUUCUGUUGGAAUGAAGAGACAACAAGUUGUAAUUACAACAUGAAAUUGUAACAUAGUUUAGAUUUGUACAGCAUUUUGAGCUGUAGAUUGUUCACUCUUUCCCAGUUAUUUUUUUUUUUCAACAUUGUGAAGUUAUGUUACUGCUCAUAUUUAAUAUGAAUCUUCCGGUGUUCUUAAAAAGAGGAGAGUGUAUAUUCCAAAAUGUGCCAAGAUAUUGCUUCUUUCAACUGAAGCUAUACUGUUUUGUUUGUAAAAUGGUGGUUUGACUGGACAACACAAUUUCACUUUUUAAAACAUUUUAGAUGCAGAGGGCUAUUAAGUCUGUGUUGAAGAUACAGCCAUAAAUGCCUAGAAGGAUUUUAUGAAGGAUGCUUAAGAUACUCUGUUACUAACACUUUGUAUUGUUUUUUAUGGUUUUGGUUUAAGAUUCUAAAUCAUUGUUUAAAUAAUAAAAAAAGUAAAACACAUUAUGGAAUUACAAUCAGCUGAUUCACAGUAAUGAAUAUGUAAGCUGGAUCAAAGGUUGAGUGUCAUAUUGUUUCAAUAAGUAUUCAGUAAAGGUCUGCUAACCGUUUUUGUUUUGUAAUUUUCACGUUAAUGAUUUUCUUGUGUAUAUAAUAUAUAAAAAGAUGGGAACUAUUUUCUUACACAUACUAUGCAAUAUGUUUAUAAAACUGCAAUAUUACCAAAAUUACAAAAGCUGUGCUUUUGUACUCUUGCUUUAUGUGAAACAAAUCUUUUUUCUAUUUCACAGAUUGUCUGUCAUAAUUGUAGAUAACAUUAUUCAAAAGCAGUACACUAAAACUUUAAGACUUUUUAUUUCAUUUUCUUCAUUUUUUAAAUGAAAAUAACAGCAAGGUUUUGGAAGUUGGAAAUGUCAUUUUUUUUCUUGGAAAGUUAGAAAUUUUGCAGCAUGUAAUUAACACAGUCUGAAAUCUCCUGUAUUUCUUUCCUUUGAUUUUGCAUUUUUAUCUGGUGCUACUGUAGAACCAUGAAUAAAUGUGAUCUGUAGAUUAGGGAACAUAUAAGAAUUCACUUCAGGAAUAACAAAAUGGGAAACUUUUUAAGGGUGGGAGGAGGAUGCAGAAUAACUAAUGAAAAAUUUUUGGUUUUUCUAGUUUGUUUGUAUUCUUCUGUCUAAAUUAGCUGAAAGGUAGUAGCUUUUCUCCUUACGCAACAUAAUAGAAUUUUAUUUCAAACAUAGUUUUGAAAACAUAUACUAUAUUUAAAUGUAGUAUUUGUGUAAAGAAAAUUAGAAUAUAAAAAAGUAUGGGUUUUAUUUCUAUAUCGGCUUUACUAAAGUUAAAAUUAAGAGUCCUGCAUCUCUUACUGUAAAAGCAUAUUAUACUGUAGAAGUUCUUUUGUAGCCUACCAGAAUAAAUACAAAAUAUAUGUUUAAACUGUACCAACAAGCCACUUGGCAAUUACACAGCCAUCUCAGAGGUUGUGGUGGUCUCAUCAAUGUGGACAAGUCCUACAUGCUUUUCAAUUGGUAUCAAUUCUGUUCACCACACAGCCUUGCACAUAGCUGUGGCAAAAAGCAGGGUAAGCAUGCAGGUGAUUCAUUUGCACUGAGCUCCUUUGUGCUAUGCUAUGGUUUUAGCAAUAUCCACAGUAGCCAAACAGUAGCUAACUGAAUAAUGCCUAAAAAUUGCAGUUUCUGCACAUGAGCAAGAGUUGCAUAGACCUGUCAGUAAUGUGGGUCAUUUUUAGUUUCACAUGACUAAUAGACAAUAGCUGAUAGAGCAGGAAAAGAUACUCUUAGCCAUUUUGUUCUGGUUUGGGCUAGUCUAAUCCAGGGAAAAACUAAAUGAUAUAAAAAAGAUAAAUGGAAGAUUUAGUGAAGGAGAACAAAACAAAACUGCAUAAGCAUUGUGUUGGUUCAACACAGCCCACAUUGAAACCAGAAUGUAAUACAAGCUCUGCAUGUAAAAAGAGAGUUUCCCCUGAAACACUAAAUUGCCUGUAGAUUAUGGUUUUUUGAAUUUUAAAAUAUUGUUUGAUCUUUGAACAUAUCUUAUACAGACCACAACCAAGACAAGUUUCAGAACACACAAAGAAAAAAAAACACAUAUAUUACAAGCCUGGUGUGAUGUGAGGAAAUAUUACAUAGAACACAAAUAAACCUAGCCUAUUUGUCUGAGAAAAUAAAAUCAUCAGAAUAAGAAAUAUUCCCUCCAUUUUAAGAAAACUAAAAUUAUCAGGAUAUUUUACUUAAGGAGUUCCGAGCUGUUCCAAUGUCUCAGUUUCUAUAGUGUUUAAACUAUUGGAACCAUUUUUAUCUAAAAAUCUAGCCACCUUUGGCUUAACCAAGUUCAAUGAAUGCAUUACUUGAUCUGAGAAGAAAAGGUGCCUUUUUUAUCACACAUAUACCUCUUGUUUGUGAGACCUGUGAGGGAAAAGUUCAGUUUCCAGCAUGAUCCAGAGCAUAUUAACAAGAAGGACUUACACACAAGAGAAUCAUUCCUGAAGGUCAGAUGUUGAAUUUUUUGUGUGCUUUAUGGUAUUUUGGAAGCCUGCCUGCAGUCGUUCUUCACCACUGGAAAAAAAAAAAAAAAAAA